AUGCGUCGAUUGUUCCAACCGCGAAAGUCUCGUGGACAACCAACGGACAUCUACGGCUUAUUCAAGUUCAUCAUUACAACAAUAAUGAAAGUUUUAAUUGCAUUAUGUGUAUUGUUUAUUGGUGCAUUUUGUGCGCCAGCAUUUGAUACAGCAAAUAAGGAUGGAUGGAAUUUAUUUAAACAAGUACAUUCAAAACUGUAUACAAAUGAAGAAGAAGUAUAUCGACGUGGUAUUUGGGAAGCAAAUUUACAAAAAAUCCGAACACAUAAUUUAGAAGCUGACCUUGGUGUUCAUACAUAUACAAUGAAAAUGAAUAAAUAUGGUGAUAUGGUAAAUGAUAAUAUAA